AUGGCCUCUGCGGUAGUAGUGCCCGGCGAGGAUUCUCUCAACUAUGGCCUACGCCCACCAAUGGAUGAUUCGGCAGAUCCCUUCGUCGACGAUGGCGAUUCAAGGCAGUCGUUCCACGCCCACCGCUACUCCAGCUUGGUCGACCCUGAGUCCAUCGCGAUGGGCGCAAGCAUGUCCCCGUCCCAGGUCAAACGGAGCCUCAUAGCGCACCUUGCUGAAACCGAGCGACGCUUGCAUGACGCGCAAAAGCUGGGCGAGUCUCUCUUGUUGCAGCAGUCAGAGCUCAAUGACAAACUGCGCGAAGUGGAAGAACAACAAGGCGAGGCAGAGAUUACGCCGGAGUUGCGCCAAAGACUGGCUGAUCUCGAAAAGGAGCACAAUGACGUGGGGAAGGAGAUUGCGAGGGCACUACUGGGUCCCAAGUCCAGAGCUGUCAGUGCAGAAGAGAAGCCCGGCAUGGAGCAGGCCAUGUACUCGAGCCAGGCAACGGCGUCUCCGUCGAAAGUGAUGGCCCCGAGCCGGCGUCAGCGCAACCAAGCGAGCAAUCGAGGCGAUGAUCUGCAGUUCGCGGCCGAUAUCAGUACCUCUCUCCUCGCCCAGGUCCGACAAUUACAAAGUGCCGUGGCGGAACGAGAUGAGCUCUUGAAAGAGGUCAAAUCCGAACGUGACCGCCUAGAGAAUGAAGCGGCGCUUUUCUCGCAGCGUCUGCGAGCCCUGGACGAGAGCGAACAGAAGUAUAAGGACGAGAACUGGAAUCUCGAGACCCAAACCCAUGAGUUGCUGGCAGCGGCCCGUGAAGCGGCCGACCGCGAAAAAAGGCUCACCGCGAGUUUGGCCGCCCUCACCGCCGAGAAGACACGGAUGCAAAGUGAGAUGGACGAAGUGAGAGCCGCCCAUGAGAAGUUAGCCACUGAUCACGCCACUGCCAAAAAGGCUCAUGAUUCCGAGCUGCACACCCUCAAGCGCACAAUAGAUUUAGGCGACAGCGAGAGAUCAUCGUUACAGCACAAGGUUGAGGAGUUGACGGCACAGAACCAGGAGCUCGCGCGAGCUGUUGCUGCUCGCCUACGCAGCGCUCAACCGGACGUCCUUCCUGCGGAUCAAGAGCACGAAGAAGACCUGAGAGACCUCGAAUCCCUGGAUCAUUCGCCACCCCCGUCCCCUACUAAAGCUACCCCAAGGCCUGGAGCUUUGGAAUCGGAAACAUUACGUAGUUCUUUGCAUCAUGCCCAUCGGAUGAUUCAAAACCUCAAGAACAACAUCCACCGUGAAAAGACUGAAAAGAUUGAGCUCAGGCGUAUGCUUCAAGAUGCCCGAGAUGAGCUUGAGCAACGACGCGGAGACGGUUCCUUGGGAAGUGCCAGCAAACGCCAAAAGACCAAAUCUGACACUUUUAAGAAACCACUACGGCCUGAUAUGCUGGGUGGCAGUCGAAGGGCUCGAACUGACGUGGAACUCGAAGACGACGACUGGGAAGAUCAUGCCGUCGAGACGCCGAGUCGCGGAGUUAAUCAGAAAUACUUGGUCGUGCCGUCUGUCGGUGAAGGCAUCACUGAUACAAGCGACGCGUACCAGACUGCGAAUGAGACGGAAGGCAACUUUGAAACAGCAGACGAGAGGCAUGCGACUGAGAGCGAGGACUUCCAAACCGGGGUGGAAAGUCUGGCAGGCGACAGCACAGACGACCUUACUGAGACUGAAGAUACAGCCUCGCAUAGUCAACGGGCGGGUCCUUCUCGUCGCCCAAGAUCCAGUCUGGCAUUCAAACUUGCCGGAGAUCGUCAAUCAUUCGUCAGCACUGCUUCGACCUCCGCUGGAGAAGAGGAAGAUGCGCUCAAAACGCCUGUGGUGACACAAACGCACAAAUUCCGACUCCGAAAUGGACGGCAAUCCUUUGCUCGCCAAUCUAGAGUACCAACCGACAGCACACCUACCAAUUUGUACUCGGACACACUAUCUCAAGACUCCCCAGCCACGGUCACCAGUGAUCGUAGCCCACCAGCUGCUGAGCAGAGUCUGUUCGCAGAGUUGGGCGGUCUUGAGGAGACGGCCAGUUUUGGAACCCCCGGGAGAGCCAGUCUAGCUUCUGUCGCCUCGACGCCUGGUGUUCCCGCUUACACGCCAAGUAGACAGCUUACGCAGCAAGAGACACCAAAGAGCGCUUUCAAGGAUGCUAUGGUCGAUGCUGGCACGAUGACUGAUCCAUGGCAACCAGAACGGGAUCGAACAGUUCAGGGCGACCACGCAGAAGAGCUUCCUGAGGAAGCACCUUCCCCCUCGAACGAAAGGGCGCAGUCACCUUUACCUUCUGAUUUCCCGUUGCCUCCGACAGUGCCAGCGUCGCCAAUCAAGCAUAUCGAUCACAGCACGCAGUACACUCCGCAGAGAGGAUUACAAGAAAGUCCAAUUCGGAACACUGCAUUCAUCACGCCCCCUAAAACCGUCUGGGAUGAAGCGCAGAGUCCGGAAGUAAUUCAAUCUGAGGUUGAUGCUGCAACCCAGCCACGGACACCCACAAGGUUUGAAUAUUCAGGCCUGGUAAUGCAUGACACCACCCCGGUCUCCCCAGACACCCCUCUUCAAAAUGUGCCGCCGCCAGCUGAGCCGUUCACUUUCUCUGCUAUUCAGUCCCAAACGACCGAACCUGUCCAAACUCCUGUGAAACCGAUGUUUAAUGGGGUCUCGGCCUCGCCACAAGCUGAUGAUCUUCCCGAUCGUCCACGAACAGCGGAACGAGUGGUCGGGACAGGGCUUCUUGCAUCUGCUGCGGCCGCUUUGGGCUUUGCCAAAUCCAAGGAUACGCGAGUUCCCACAAUUGCAGAAGAUGAGACGAAUGAGCCCGAAAGGACGAGUGAAGAGCCCAUUUCCGGGGAUGAUGCUCCUUUGAAAGAUGUGUCUGGCAACAGGGGUCAACCUCAGGGGAUAUUGGGCUCAGCAAUGAGAAAAUGGGUACAUGAAGACCAGCCGCCACUCACCUCCAACUAUGACCGUGGCUCUCAGACGCUGCUCACUUCUGAAGAGAUUGACGAGGCUCUACGCCCGAAGACUGCAGUCCCCAUCACACUUCCACCAGGUGGCGAGGCAGCACAGAACAUCAUCAGCCCUCUCAGCCCGUUGACGCCAACGGAAGGGACUCUGACGGGUGAUGCGAACGCGCCACUCCUGAUGAAGCCAGCCCCAGAAUUCACUGCCACGGCACCAUUCCCAGUACCAUCUCCCGUCAAGCGGCCUUCAAGCGCGUCAAGCCAGCGAGUAUCCAGCGCAGCAUCACAUCCACCUCUCCCAGCUGAUCACAAGGAAGCAAUCGCCAAGGCUAGCAGCCGGGUAGCAUCGCCCACCAAGGAGCUCGGCGGUUCAACCCAGACAUCAACGGUUAUGGGCCCUCCAGCUUUUCCGGCUUCAGCAAUGCGUCGGCCACGCACUCCAGGAGAGUCUAUGCGGUCUCCAACACGCGACAGCAAUCAACCGCGGACGUCCAAUGUCAGCCGUACUCAGCGCGGAACUAUCACCUCCCGCCGGUCCUCUGUUUCCUCGUUCGCCUCCGAAAUCGAUGAACGCUUCAAUAUGCAUCAGACAGGACAAGUCUCUGCUCACAGUUUUAGCACCGAUCCAAGAAUCAUUCAAGCUAUAACACAGACCAUGAUCGGUGAGUUCCUGUGGAAAUACACGCGCAAAGCCGGGCGGUCUGAAAUGUCUGAGACCCGCCAUCGUCGGUAUUUCUGGGUGCAUCCUUACACCAAAACUCUGUACUGGUCGGAUCAGGAUCCCCAAACAGCUGGCAGGAGUGAGUUGAAGGCAAAGAGUGUGCAAAUAGAAAGCGUCGAGGUCGUCGCUGACGACAAUCCCAUGCCCCCAGGCCUUCAUCGGAAGAGCCUCGAGGUGGUUACCCCCGGCAGACGCGUCAGAUUUACGGCGAGCACCGGCCAGAGACAUGAGACCUGGUUCAAUGCACUCAAUUACCUGCUGCUCCGCGGUGAGGAGAACAACCAGUAUACAGCUGGUGGCAAUGAGAUUACUCGCGAUGACCUGGAAGAGUUCAACGUGCAUGCCGCUGGUUAUGGAGCAAGUUUGAUUCCAAACACCAGUCGAAUGAGCCUCUCGAGCUACAACUCCCGUACAACGCGAGGCUCCCACCGCAAUUCAGCCGCCCACCGCCAACAGCUUCCGCCCGGUGCGGUCACCGGCAGCAGCACGACGCGUGUCCCUCAAGAUUCCACGGCGAGCCGCACCGCUCCAAACUCGACGGUGCGGCGAAGUCGCGCCGAGCAGUCUCAAGAAGACAAAGAUCGGACAGUUCGCGCUAGCAGCGUAAGUCGCUUUUCGCGUAUGAUCGGAUCAGUGACUGGGCGGACGCCUAGAGUGAGCGAGGUGACUGUCCACACUCCAACGCGCGCCAGCGGCACCCGGAGCGAAGGAGGAAGCAUCUACGAUGCCAGCGUCGUCAGCGAUGGGCGGAAGGAUUCUGCCGAGGAAUUGAGGAGGGAAAUGCUGAGGCAAGAGGAAGCUGUGUGGAAUGCAGGGCUGGAGAAUGUGAGGGCUUGUUGCGAUGGCAAACACGAUGUUUCAACCCUGAGUCACAGCCACCGCCAUGCCUCGUCAAUCAGCCACGGGCACAGGAAUCUCGGCUUGAGCAUGAGUCUUCGAGGCUCGGUUAGGAGACGAGAUCAGUCCAGCACUCCAGGUCCUUCUGCCUCUACACCCACGGCGUCGGGAUUGACUGCAACGACCCCCACGAGACAUCAAGCCGCGGCUGCCACAGCGUCAUAG